GUCGCAGGAGUGUUUCCAAUAGGGGGUGACGGGGGAGCUAUAUUUCUGCAAUGCCGAAUAAACUGAAAAAAGAGAAGGAAUCUCCAAAAUCUGGAAAAGUUGGCAAAACUGGGGGGAAAGAUGGACAGGAGAACUCUGAACACGAGGCCUCCAACAGGAAGAACAGUGGAAGCAACGCCCCGCCCACCACGCAGCUGCUGAAGGGGAAGCAGCCGGGUCCCCAGGCACCCGUCAAGAAGGAGAAGAGGCAGAGCUCCUCCCACUUCGGCCUCAGCAACAACCGGGAGUUGCAGAAGCUGGAGGCCUUCAAAGAUGUCCCGCCUGCAGAACAGGAGAAGCUGUUCAUUCAGAAGCUGAGGCAGUGCUGCGUGCUCUUUGACUUCUUGUCCGACCCGCUCAGCGACCUCAAAUGGAAGGAGGUGAAGAGAGCAGCGCUCAGCGAGAUGGUGGAGUACAUCACGCACAACCGCAACGUCAUCACUGAGCCCAUCUACCCGGAGGUGGUGCACAUGUUUGCGGUGAACAUGUUCCGGACACUUCCACCGUCCUCCAACCCCACUGGAGCAGAGUUCGAUCCUGAGGAGGACGAGCCUACACUUGAAGCCUCGUGGCCACACCUACAGCUUGUCUAUGAGUUUUUUCUUAGGUUCUUAGAGUCGCCAGACUUCCAACCAAACAUAGCAAAGAAGUACAUCGACCAGAAGUUUGUGAUGCAGCUUUUAGAACUGUUUGACAGUGAAGACCCUCGGGAGAGAGACUUCCUGAAAACCACUCUGCACCGAAUUUAUGGCAAAUUCUUGGGACUGAGGGCCUACAUCCGGAAACAGAUCAAUAAUAUAUUCUAUAGAUUCAUUUAUGAAACGGAACACCAUAAUGGAAUAGCAGAACUACUCGAGAUAUUAGGAAGCAUAAUCAAUGGCUUCGCCUUACCGUUAAAAGAAGAACACAAGAUUUUCCUGCUGAAGGUUUUGCUGCCAUUACACAAAGUCAAGUCCCUCAGCGUCUACCAUCCACAGCUGGCGUACUGCGUGGUGCAGUUUCUAGAAAAGGACAGCACACUUACUGAGCCGGUGGUCAUGGCGCUGUUGAAGUACUGGCCAAAGACUCACAGCCCGAAGGAGGUGAUGUUCCUGAAUGAGCUGGAGGAGAUCCUGGACGUCAUUGAACCAUCAGAGUUCGUCAAGGUCAUGGAGCCGCUCUUCCGACAGCUGGCAAAGUGUGUGUCCAGCCCACACUUUCAGGUUGCUGAGAGAGCGCUGUAUUACUGGAAUAACGAGUAUAUCAUGAGCCUCAUCAGUGACAAUGCGGCCAAGAUCCUCCCCAUCAUGUUCCCAGCACUGUACCGCAACUCCAAGACCCACUGGAACAAGACCAUCCACGGUCUGAUCUACAACGCCCUGAAGCUGUUCAUGGAGAUGAACCAGAAGCUGUUUGACGACUGCACCCAGCAGUUCAGGGCAGAGAAGAACAAAGAGAAGGCCAAAUCGAAGGAACGGGAGGAGGCCUGGGUGAAGAUCGAGAACCUCGCCAAAUCUAACCCGCAGUUCCUCUUCUAUGUGGACUCCAACAGCCUCUGCAGUCCUGUCGAGAUGGAGACAGACGGACCCUUGAUAGAUGUCUUGACACUUAAAAAGACCAUGGAGGAAGAGGCGACUCAGCUGAACCGGGAGCAGCGUAAGGAGAGGCCCCUGGUGCGGCGUAAGUCAGAGCUGCCUCAGGACAUCUACACCGUCAAAGCCUUGGAGUCCCACCGCCGGGCCGAGGACGUGCUGGACCACCCGUGACGGCUGUCAGGCUGCACCCCUCCCCUGGGACAUGGACUGCGGCCCCCUCCACAGGCCCCGCCCAGCCUCCAGGCCCCGCCCCGCCCCUCUGCCGCCCUUCUGACUGUAGAAUGCAGUGCACUGAAAGAAUUGGUGCAGGAUGUGGGCAGGGCCUGUCUCUCUCUCCCGUCCCACCAUCCCUCCCUCUGGUCAUCACGGUUUCUGCUUUCUCAGGUUUUUUUUUCCCCCCCAUUUUUUCUUUUCUUUCCCAAUUCCUGAAUGUGGCGUGCUUGCAUCAGACUUUUUCUCUUGUUAUUUCAAAAAA